GUAACCACCAUAGACAUUGAGGGGGACACGUCCCCCCCAAUGUUGGGAAAGUACCAAUCUGUCCCCUCCAAUAUUUUGUCUAGUAUGUGACAUAAAAGUCCUCCUUUUUUCCUAGAUCAGUCCCUUGCUGUUCCAGAUUUACUUUCAAUGUGGGAAACACAAGAGAACGAAUCAACCAAACAAUCAAGGAAAAAAAAACAUUGCGACCCCCUUCCCCCGUUGUGAACUUGGCUUAGCCCAGAAUGUCAAGUUGCGGUCGCGGAUUCUUAGCUUCGGAGAGCUAGACUUCGGUGACAUAAUGGAUGACGGCCCCCCUCCCAAGAAACGAGACAUUCGUUCAUUCUUUACAGUCAGGAAUGUAAGUGCAGGGUCCCUCUUUAAAAACUAAGCAAAAUGGAUGAAUGAAUGGAAACCCUUCAUAAAAGCAUUAAGGCUUAUUCUGCUCUUUAGGCACUAGACAGGUUUUAGCAACGUGGCAGGGCGCAUCGUUAGAGCUAGGCUACUGCACAGUUGCAGAGAACUUAUAAGAAAACACUGGUUGAUUAGCCUACCUUCCAGGAUCUUGCCAUGGUUCACAUUAAUACAGCUAGCUAGUAAUCCACAACACGAUAGCAACCCGAAAACAUCAAGUAGCCCAGGACGUUAGUGAUUGAUUUGAUUUGAUUUGAUACAUCUACACCACCAAACUAAAUGCAAAUUAGAAAUAUAGCUGUUGCAUCUUCAUCCAAUAAAACAUCUUCACUCCAUAAGUAUCCGUUUGAUAACUUAUUUACUUGUCAGAAUUAUCAGCACACACUUUACAUUACAACACCGACUGGAACAGUUCCCGAUCUCCUGCUACCUAGCUGGGUCUACCUCAAUUGUAGCUUAACCUCGACAUGCCCACUAUGCAGGUCUCAGAGCGCCCUCUAGUGGACAAACAACAUAACUAAGUACUGCACCAUUAACUUAUAAGUCAGUACCAUAAUGCUCAAUACUUAAGAUAUCGCAAUAGCAAUGUGUUGCACACUUUAAUAAAUACUCUCCUCAAACUUGUAUGGAGUUUUACAGAGACCUCUUUCUACUACCCGUACAACUACUAGGAUAUUAAUUAAAUACUACUGCUACUGCUGCUGCUACUACUACUACUACUACUAUUACUACUACUACUACUACUACUAAUAAUAAUAAGAAGAAGAAGAAGACUAAGAAUAAGUAUAUUUCUUUAUUCAUAAGUUUAAAUUCAGUGAAUUUUGAGGACCAAACAAAACAGAUAAUGAAUUAAAAUACUACUACUGCUACUACUACUACUACUACUAGUAGUAGUAGUACUACAAAUAACAACAACUUAUUUACAUGUAUUUCUGUGGAAGAGACAGUAGGCUACUGCUUAAAACACAAAUUGGGAAUUGUGUGGUGUAUCGUCAGAUCCUGGAAGAGCAUGUGAUAUUGUGCAACCAUGUUUUUGUGUUGAAUAAAUUAUGUCGAUGUAAUAAUUUUGUCCUUUUUGGCAAGCCCUUUUUGCUACAACUUAACUUACCAUGCAAUUCUACAGUCAUACUAUCCCUAAUCUGUUCGUAUGCCAUGCAUCAACAUAUUUUUGUAAGGUGACAGACAGCAGAGAGGCUGGAGGAGAUGGAGGCGAGGACAGAGGAGGUAGAGGAAAAGAGGCAGGAAGAGAUAGAGGAGCAGAGGCUGAGGGAGAGGAUGGAGGUGGUAGUGGAGGAGAACCCACAGUUGGAGAUAGAGGAGGAGGUGGAGGAAGACAAGCAGAGACAGAGGCUGGAAAUUCACAGGCACCUGCAGGGAGAGGACAGACAGGCACCUGCUCAGAAGAUACACGAGAGACAGACCCAGGCAGGGAGAGAAGUGAUCAGCAUGCAGAGGAGCUUGGUAGCUGCCCACAUCAGCCAAACUCUUGUUUUAUUCAAACUCAGUCCUUGACCAAAAAGACACUAAAAUUUCAGGACAGCUGGUUUAGGAAGCACACGUGGCUUCAUUACAGCAAGGCAUUGAAGGGGGUGUUGUGUUUUUAUUGUGCCAAAUAUUUUGCAAUUCAGAAAUCGUCUUUAGCCAGUAAGGCUGAUGGGGCAUUCAUAACAACAGGUUUCAGUAACUGGAAAAAAGCACUUGAGAAGUUCCAUCAGCAUGAAAACAGCGACUGUCAUGCAGCAGCGAUGACCACUUAUCUGCACAGCAAACAGCCAAUCACUACACAACUCUCAACGCAAUUACAGAAACAGCAGCAUGAGGCUAGGAACAGCCUCUUGAAGAUUGUGGGUGGGAUUAUGUAUCUGGCAAGGCAAGGCAAUGCUUUCAGGGGGCAUGACAGCGAAGAGGGAAACUUGCACCAACUGAUGAUUUAUAAAGCAGAGGAUGACGCCGAAUUCAACAGCUGGCUCCAGAGAGGCAAUAACUUCACCAGCCCAAAAAUUCUAAAUGAAAUCAUAAAAAUAAUCGGCAACAAAAUAGUAUAUGACAUCGUUAAGGAGAUCCUGUCAUUGCCCCUAAUCCAGUACUCUCUCAUCAUUGAUGGGACACAGGAUGCAGCUGGAGUCGAGCAAGAGUCGUUCUGUCUGCGCUUCAUUGACAAAAACUUGCAACCCAGAGAGGAAUUUAUCGGUCUCUACCAGGUUACAUCCACUACUGGAGAGAACAUCGCAAGUGCAGCCAAAGAUGUCCUGCUUCGCCUGAAUCUACCUCUUUCCCAGCUACGAGGUCAAGCAUACGAUGGGGCGGCCAAUAUGUCGGGACGAAUGCAGGGUGUGCAAGCACAUCUGAAGAAGGAGCAACCUCUGGCUGUUUAUGUUCACUGUGGGCCACAUUGUAUCAAUCUUAUUACCCAAGCUGCCUGUGCAUCCUCCACUAUCAUAAGAGAUGCUAUUCAUUUGGUGCAUGAAUUGGGCGUGUUGUUCCACCAGUCUAUGAAGUUCAGGGCCAUCUUUGCAACUAUAGCGAAGUCGGAUCAUACAGCUCCUUACACAUCGCUGAAGCCUCUUUGCCCCACCAGGUGGACGGUGCGAACGCCAGCCAUUCGCUCUGUUCUCAAUCAGUACCACUCCGUGCUUGCUGCAACAGAGGAAAUGGCUCAGUCUUCCAUGAUGGAUGUGGCUGCAAAAGCAAGUGGCCUUCAUGAGAAGUUUUUGAGGGGCAAUACACUUCUUGGCCUUCUUCUUGCAGAAGAUGUGAUGUCGAUGUUGGAGGAGCUGAACAUUUCUCUGCAGCAGAGAAGACAGACGACAUCAGGGAUGCUGGCUGCCGUGGAGCAUGUGAAGAGAGGGAUCCAGGAGAAAAGAUCAGAAGGGCAUUUUGGCCAGCUGUACAUGAGAGCAUCUCAGGUUGUAACAUCUGUAAGCCUGCAGCCCAUCAAAAUGCCUCACGUGAGAAUGCCCCCAAAACGCUUCACUGGUCCAGCCAUGCAGCAUCAGCAUCAUACGGCUCAAGACUACUACAGAGUGCAGUACUUUGGCACUUUAGACACUGUCGUUACACAGUGCUCAGAGCGUUUUAGCCAAGAGGGGCUUCAGAGGCUACAGAAGUUAGAAAACAUUGUCAUCACUGGGAAGAUGGAUACACUCAUCAAUGAAUACCCAGAGUUGGAUGCCAUGUCUUUGGACAUACAGUUGAAAAUGUUCAAGGCCAACUACCCCAGUACAAGUCUCUCAGAGGUAGCAGAGAUUUUGAAGGGUAUGACGCCAGAGGUACGACAUCUUUUUAGGGAAGUGGAGGCCCUCUUGCGACUUGUCAUGGUUGUUCCUGCCUCCUCAGCAGAGGCUGAGCGAAGUUUUAGUGCCCUUAGACGCCUGAAGACAUGGCUGAGAACAUCAAUGACGCAAACCCGGCUAAACAAUCUUGCCGUUUGCCAUGUCCAUCAAGACAAAUUGGAUGCAUUGGACAGGAGACAGAUCUGUCAAAGAUUUGUGGAAAUGAAUGGGGAACGCCUCCGUACUUUUGGGGCAUUUAUUUAAGUCUUAUUUAGAUAUAUUUCUAUGCUCUUUUUGACCUAAUUAUCAGAAUAUCACUUAUCUUUGUUUAAGAAGCCAAUAAGUUAACAAUUGCACAUUUUGUAUUUGUGUUUUGCUACUUGACAGCCUACAAUAAAAAACAAGCUUUGAAUUGUAA